AGGAUCCAGCACUUGGGCGUCAUAACAGAACAAAAUCCAUGUCCGGCCCAACUCCAAAGAGACAUAGCUUUUAGCUAGGUUUUGCUGCAACCGAGAGAGAUUCUUCCUGCCAAGUGCUUCCCUAUAAAUCUUUAAAAACCCUAAUGCCUCUGUUUUAGCAGAUCCUCCAUUUCUCGUAGCCGCUCAAACACCGUCUUUAACCAAAGAGGUCAAAAUGACAACCCGAUUCAAGAAGAACCGGAAGAAGCGCGGUCAUGUAAGCGCUGGCCAUGGGCGCAUCGGCAAGCACCGAAAGCACCCGGGAGGUCGCGGUAACGCCGGAGGCAUGCACCACCACAGGAUCCUCUUCGACAAGUACCAUCCUGGGUAUUUUGGAAAGGUCGGUAUGCGAUAUUUCCACAAGUUGCGUAACAAAUUCUACUGCCCCAUUGUGAACAUCGACAAGCUCUGGUCGUUGAUCCCUCAGGAAGUGAAGGAUAAGGCCAGCGAGGACAAUGUUCCCAUGAUCGACGUUACUCAGCACGGCUACUUCAAGGUAUUGGGGAAGGGCGCCCUGCCUGAGAAUAAGCCGAUUGUGGUGAAAGCGAAGCUGGUGUCCAAGAUUGCCGAGAAAAAGAUAAAGGAGAAUGGUGGAGCUGUUGUUCUUACUGCCUAAGCUGUUUUGUUCUGAUCACUUUUGAUUAUAUAUAUAUUUUUUUAAAUUUUCAACUGUUUACAUUUUGAUAUUAAUUGAUACUUUAUUAUGGUUGAUGUUCGUACUUUUUGGUUUAAAUUUUUGUUUAAAUGGAUAUGAGUUGCAUUCCA